CGGAGCUCGACACGUGUGCGAUCCCGUAUGCCGACCAAGCGAUCGGCAAGAAUGGCAAGCUCGAUGGCAUGGCCGUCAUCAAGCUCGUGACGCAGCAGAAGGCCAAGCCGACGUUCAGCCCGAGCUGCCCGGACGCGGUCCGGGACCUCGCGUUCCGCUGCUUGGACUACGAGCCCGAGAACCGACCGAGCGCCGCAGAAGUCGUCGUGCUGCUCAAGGACCGCGUCCGGCCCGCGCUCGAAUACGAACCGUACUAGUGCAGUAGGACCCCUUAUCAUGUGUAGCCACCAAAUAAUUCAACAAACUUCCAAGCGUA